AUGCUUGCAGUUGGGCUCGAGGACCCGUUGGCCAUCCUGGACUCAAACGACGUCUCGGCUGCUGACCUGCUGACCAUCAAGGCAAAGCUGCAACAACCGCUGUCUGGCAACCUCCACACAGAGCCAAAUGACGCAGCCUAUGUGACUCCGGAAAACGCAUGCAAGGAAUUUCUGCAGACAGUCAGAAUGAUGCAUGAGAGCUUUACAUCCGCUGGGAUGUUGAACAAAGCCAACAGCCCGCUGCUGGAGUAUGCCACCAUGAGCGGUGCUGGCAAAACACGUUGGGGCUUCCAGGUUGCGCGCUUGCUGAGAAAAGACGAAAAUUUCAAAAAGUGUGUCAUACUCCGUGUGGGGCUGAACUUCAAUGGUGGUUCUGGCGGCGGCGACGCUGAUCGCACCGAAGCAGUUAAUCUUCUUCAGACUCACCGCUUUUCCUCUCAGCAAAUUAUGGCCAGUCUGCUUUUUGCGCGGGGACUUCUAGAACGCUCGCCAGACGACUUCCGUGGUCAGGAAAGUAGGCUGCAGCGCUUGCGUUUACGGACUGUUUUGGAUGCCCUCUUCGCAAGUGCCCAAGAGGCAGGUACUCGCAUCCUUGUCGGUCAUUUGGAUGAGCUCGCCGUGCUAUUGAAGGACACAAGCUUUGGCUUUGCUGACCGGAGUCUCAAAGAUUUUGUGAACAACUUGGCUGACUACAACUGUGGGCAGCCGCUGGGAGUGGUGGUGCCGAUCAUUACCCAUACUUCGCCGGUGGUUUGGAAUCCAGAGCCAACUUCAAUACCGCUCAAGCGCAUGAAUCUUGGGGCCUUCAAUUUCAACCAGUCGCUGCAGUUCUUUGUAGGCUCGCGAGGGAGACGUCUGCUGUUCGAUGACAUGUCCAUGCCCUGCAUGCAUGAAGUGUGCUGA